AUGACAGGACUCACACAAGCCCAACUUGACACCUUUGAUACCGAGGGGAUGAUAUGUGUAGAAAACUUUUUAAGCCCCCAACAAACUGAAAGACUUUUAGAACAAUCAAAACAACUACUCGCACAAUGUGAUUUAUCAAAUCACCCCAAGACCACAUUUAAAACAUCAGAUGAGGAUCAUAUCGGUGACCGAUACUUUUAUGAAUCGGCCGAUAAGAUCUCUUACUUUUUCGAUACCGAUGCCUUUGACAAGGAUGGAAAUUUAACCAUUGAAUUACCUAAAUCGAUAAAUAAAAUCGGUCACGGCCUUCAUAUUAAAGAUCCAUUAUUCAAAGAAGUCACAUUUGACAACAAGGUCAAGGAUAUUGCUCAUGACUUGAAAUUUACCGAACCACAAGUUUUGCAAAGCAUGUGCAUUUUCAAACAGCCAGUGGAUGCCAAGAGUACUGAACGUGACAACGCCGUACCACCACAUAAUGAUGCCACUUUCCUAUACACGUCCCCACAAACCGCAGUCGGGUUCUGGAUAGCUUUAGAGGAUUGUACUGAGGAAAACGGUUGUUUGUCGUAUAUACCGGGCACUCACAAGACAUAUCCCGUAUCGAAAAGAUUCGUAAGAAAAGACGGACUAAAGCUGGGCUGCACAUUUGAACAAUUGCAAAAAGACAAACCAGUUGAGGGCGAAUACAAAAUGGUUCCUUGCAAAGCGGGGUCUUUGAUAUUGAUCCACAACUCAGUGCUUCAUAAACUGGAAAAGAACAGGAGCAACAAGUCGAGAUAUGCUUAUGCUUUCCAUGUUAUUGAUGGAGUUGCCGAAUAUGAUGAACGAAAUUGGUUACAAGUACCGUAUGACGGCGGCUCAAAUUUUCUGAGACUAUUUUAG